GUAGCAGCGGUGAGUGCACGUAUUUAGUCAAAACUCGAUUAAAAUAUGCCAUUAUCUAAAUUAAGUAUUCUUUGUUUUGAAAGCAGCUUGUAUCUCAGAGAAGAUAUUCUCAAUAUAAGGGUAGGAGUGCAACAAGUGAAUAAAAAUCGUCAUUUAAAGAGUGAAUUUCAUGAGUUAUACCAAAAUUACAGGAGACAUCCUGAUAAGUUUUAUGAGUAUACAAGAAUGAGCGUAGAAACGUUUGAUUAUAUUCUACGACACCUUGAUUCUCGUAUAACACAGCAAAUCAGAUCCAAAAGGGUUGUCACUAAUCCAGAAAAAUUAUUUCUCACUCUGAGAUUCCUUGCACAUGGAUUAUCCUUCAAGUCACUGUCGCAUUCAUAUUAUCUCGGUCGAAGUACAGUUGGAAAAAUUAUUUAUCAAACACUACACGUAAUAUGGAUAACUUUAAGGCGUUUUCACAUGCCGUGUCUAACUGAAAAUGAUUUUAAAAAGAAAGCUGAUGAUUACCUGAUGAAAUGGCAAUUCCCAAACUGUAUAGGAGCGAUAGGUACAAAGAAUUUUCGCAUAAUGAAGUCGGAAAAUAUUCGAAGUAAGAAUAAGAAUUCCAAUAAGUAUUGUUCAUUGGUGCUCCAAGCUAUCUCGGAUGCUGACUACAAAUUUAUUGCUGUCGAGAUUGUUGGAAAGGAAAGUAAAAGAUACCGUAACCCUUUUCAUUUUUCUGCAAGUAAAUUUAAAAAGUUGCUGGAAAACCAGCAAUUUAAUGUACCUCCAGGGCAGAAGUUGCCAGGCUGCGAUCUUACAUUACCGCAUGUUUUGUUGGGAAACGCAGGUUAUCCACUAAAGACUUAUUUAUUGCGCCCUUAUCCAUCUUUGAAAGCGGAUAACGGGAAGAAAACCUUCAAUGGCAGAUUAUUACGAGCAAGAGGAACUAUUGAUUUCGCCUUCGGUAUUUUAACUGAUAAAUGGCGUAUUUUUCUUAAAUCUCUGGAAACAAAUACAAAUCAUGCAGCACAGAUUAUAAAAGUCGCAUGUCUGUUACAUAAUAUAGUAAGGGACAAAGACGGAGAUAAUGACAGAGACUUCGUAGAAUUUAGUAAUCUUUUAUCGAAUGUCAAAAUCGAUAAAGUUAAAAAAUCAAAGCGGAAUAGUCGAGCAUCAUUUCAAGCAAUUGCUGUACGCGAAAGGUACAAAGAUUAUUUCGUCAAUAAUCCAAUACCACCUUGUCAACAAUUAUGUUCACAUGGUGUGGGUAACUUCAUGUGGACAUAAUUAGACGCAAUUACAUCUAUGUACCAUGUUUUUAAAUUUGGUUAAAGAUUUAAAAAAUACUAUUACAUUCAGGAAA